AGGGGGUGUCACCUGCUAGUGACGUCAUGUCACUUCCACCCCGCGCCUCCGCGUGACGUCACGAGACCCCAGGAGCUGCAGCUCAGCGCGCCUCUCGCUGUGACCCAGAAUCAGUGAGAUGGAGCAGAGACCCAAGACGCCGCCCGGUGCUAGAACACACCAAUGCGACCAGUGUCCAUAUGGCAUGGACCAGACUGGACACAUGCAUCUGCACCAGAAAUCACACACAGCCAAGAAGCCCUUCAAGUGCACUGUGUGUGGGAAGGCAUUUGGAAAGUCAACACAACUUCAAAUUCACUAUAGAACACACUCAGGCGAGACACCCUUCAAGUGCACUGUGUGUGAGAAGGCAUUUAGACAGUUAUCACAUCUUCAAAUGCACCAGAGAACACACACUGGUGAAAAGCCCUUCAAAUGCAUUGUGUGUGGUAAAGCUUUUAAACAGUCAGCAUCUCUUAAUGUCCAUCAGAGAACACACACAGGCGAGAAGCCCUUUAAGUGCACCCUGUGUGGAAAGGCAUUUGCAGAGUCAGGACAUUUUUAUAAACAUCAGAGAACACACUCAGGCGAGAAGCCCUUUAUGUGCACUGUGUGUGGGAAAGCAUUUAGCCAGUCAUCUUAUCUUCGUAAUCAUCAGAGAACACACACAGGCGAGAAGCCCUUCAAGUGUGCUUUGUGUGGGAAGGCAUUUGCACGGUCAGAAGCCCGAAAGAGGCAUGAGAAGAUCCACAAGGAGACGGAGGUGGAAACGAGAAGUGAAAAUCAAAGUGCUGCAUUGAGCCCAUCUCGCAUGGAACAAGGACCGGAAGACAACCCCAGCUUAGCAACAUGGCGAGCAGUGAAAGUGGAAUGUGAAGAAGUGAAGGUGGAAUGUGAAGACGUGAAGGUGGAUUGUGAAGAAGUGAAGGUGAAAUGUGAAGUAAAGGUGAAAUGUGAAGGUGAAAUGUGAAGAUUUAUAUUUGACUCCAGAACCUGACCUCCAGGUGGAUGGAGGCAGCGUGAACCAGGAGGAGCAUUCGGACUGAGGGAGAGCGAGGCGACCCCCAGGAGUUUGUCGAUAUGGAGGUGUGGGUGGAAUUUUUGGGGGAGCGGUGUGUUGCGAGUAAAAUGGAUGUAUACGAGUCGGUGGUGUACAGUGCAGUGAAACAUGGGAAGGGGAGUGGAUUCUGCUCCAGAGCCACAAGCAGAAAUUUGAGAUUUGAAACCAGUCCUGGCCAAGACAAAGACGUGGGGCACCAACUGUUAAAGGCAGCUCAGUUGAGUACCACCAAGCAGGAGCAGCACCAGCAGCAGCACCAGAAGCAGCACCAGAAGCAGCAGCACCAGCAGCAGCACCUGGAAAUCUGCAGCACCAGCGGCAGCCGCAGCAGCAGCAGAAGCAGUGAACAAGGGAGGAUUUCCCAGCGGAGAGUACAGAAUGUAUUCAUAUACGACAAAUAUUCUCAAUACCCUGCACAUAGAUACCUUAUAUGGAAUGUGGCUUUGUGCCUGUCUCAUGUGGUGUGCAGCAGUCUGGUUCUGGACAGCAUACUGAAAGAGCUGCCCUUAGACUGUGAGUUGCAGGGACUUGAAGGCCAGCCUGACUCUCCAUUUGACUCUCUACCAACCUGAACCUGUUGACCUUCUGAGGCCUGUCAAAUGGCAUCUCGCUACGGUGCAGAUGAGUAGCUAUGUGUGCAGAAGUGCAGUGGCUGAGUGCAGCAGGACAUAGCUGCGUGUGUGGUGUAGCAGUGAAUGUAUGUUGAACUUAUUUGCAAGCCAUCUGGCUACCAUGAAAGAUUCGUUCAUGAGGCUAUCCACAUAUACAAACACAGAGACAAUUUCAACCGAGAAGA